GCAGCUACUCACUCUCACUUACCCCCGCCCGUUCACUCGAUCUCACUCGACACUUUGCUAAACAUAAACUCGAGUGUUGGAUUCGGAAUAAAUUAUUAGGGUUUCGAGGUGCUCGUUAUCAUGGCUAAACUCAAGUUGAAGUUGAAAUCGAAAUGGAUAGAUGGGGAGCGUGUCUGUUUCUUAAGGCAGGCCAAUGCUGUUGUUCAAUUUUAAUUUUUUGUCUAGAGAGCUUAUGAAAAUUUGUUGGUCCGAUUCUAGUACUGUUAUGGUGCAGUGGAGUUGCAGCAAAAACGGGAGAAGGGCAUUUGGAACUUAGGGUAUCGACGAGCAUUGAAUAGUGUUCCAGUCCAGUCGGGUCGCCUUGAUGGCAUUUGGAUCAAAUUAGUCAUCUAAGUAGAGCAUUUUAUCAUGUUCCCGAUACUUAAGACCAGGGCUCAUCAGAAGCUGGCCUUACAAAAAUGAGUUGCCACUCACCAUGCAGACAGGGAGAGAAUUUGAAGAGUGAGGUGGGAGGAUCUGUUGAAGGGGAGGUGGAAGAAGCCAGAGAAAAUUUGGUAGAGAGGGACAUGGUAGGGGAAGCAAUGGCUGUAGGUGUAGAUAGGGAUAAGGAUAGUAGUGGGGAUCGCCAGAUUCCGAAUGUUCGCAAGAGUUUCUGGAGAUCGGCAUCAUGGUCCUCCACACGCUCUGCACCACCAAGCCCCGCUGCCCUCAAUCUUGAAAAGGUGCUUUCUUCUUCCACAUGUUCAGGGAUGCCCAUAGAGGUGCCUAACAUUCCAUGCCGUGGGCUUCCUCUAACUCCUCGGUCACAGCAGCUCAGCAAGAUGAGGUCGGCGCUGCCACCCUUGCAGCCUCUCAACAUUGCUAGGAGAAGCUUGGAAGAGUGGCCCAAGGCUGGGUCGGACGACAUUGGAGAAUGGUUAACUCCUGCCACACCCAGGGAGAAGAAGGAUGCUGGUCAUCUGAGGAAUGGGAUAGAUGUGAGGCUUGAUUUGUGUUCUGUUCCAAGAAAUGCAGAGCCAUCAGAAAUGCAGCUCAAGCGCGACAAGUUUGCUUUCUUUGAUAAGGAAUGUUCAAGGGUUGCUGAACAUGUUUAUCUAGGCAGCGAUGCAAUUGCCAGGAACAGAGAAAUACUUAGACAGAAUGGAAUCACUCAUGUAUUAAACUGUGUUGGAUUUGUAUGCCCGGAAUACUUCAAGAAGGACUUGGUUUACAAGACGCUAUGGUUGCAAGACAGUCCGUGUGAAGAUAUCACUAGUAUACUAUAUGAUGUAUUCGAUUAUUUUGAGGAGGUAAGAGAGCAAGGUGGCAGGGUAUUCGUCCAUUGUUACCAGGGUGUAUCCCGUUCAACUUCGCUGGUUAUUGCGUAUCUCAUGUGGUGCAAAGGUCAGAGCUUUGAAGAUGCUUUUCAGUACGUCAAAGCUGCACGGGGUAUUACGAAUCCGAACAUGGGUUUCGCGUGCCAGCUGUUACAAUGUCAAAAGAGGGUACACGCAGAUCCAUUAAGUCCAACCUCUGUUUUAAGGAUGUAUAGAAUGGCGCCUCAUUCACCAUAUGAUCCAUUGCAUUUAGUUUCAAAGAUUUUGAAUAAUCCUGGUCCAGCUGCAUUGGAUUCUAGAGGUGCAUUUAUUGUCCAUGUGCCCUCAGCGAUAUAUGUAUGGAUUGGACACAGUUGCGAGCAUACAAUGGCUGUAGCAGCAAAGGCUUCUGCAUUCCAAGUAGUAAGGUAUGAGAGAGCACAGGGUCCAAUUGCUACUGUCUUAGAAGGAGAGGAAAAGCCUGAAUUCUGGGAUGCUCUCUGCAACGUCCGUUCAGAAAAUGCUGAAAUGGGUACAUCAGAGGUGGAGAAGCCUCUGAAAGGUCAUCAUCCCGGAAUACGAUUCAGGUGCAGUGUUGGAAAUAAGAGGGUAGAAUCAUAUGAUGUAGACUUUGAGUUAUAUCGGAGAGCCACGGUGGGAGGUGUUGUGCCCCCGGUUCCAUCUUCAGGAGCUGGCUCAGAAACUCAUCUUCCUACAAGAGAAAAUGGUUGGGGAAUUCUGCGCCGCAAGUUCAUGGCAGGCAACGUGAAAGAAUUGUCUGCUCCAGGUACCAUGAAAGAAUUGUCUGUGACAAGCAACAUGAAGGAAUUGGUUGCUGCAUCGUUACAUACAGUUUGUCCGACAAUUAAAAAAGAAGUGGAAUGUGUCAAGCAGGAUGCUCAAUUCUUAUCAACAGACAUUUCAAUGCCCUUGGUAUCUCCACAUGAUUCUCCAAGUUCUGUUUCCACAGAAUAUAAAUUUAGUUCAAAAUCUCCUUCACCUUCUCCAUCAUCUCUUCCUUUUACCCCCUCUCCCAGUUCCUCUGCCUCCUGGUCACCAUCCUCUUCUUGCCAUUCACAAUCCUCAGUACUUGACACUGUAGAAACCUUUGACAGACCUAUAAAUCUUUCUAAGAACAUAACAAAGAAUUCUUCUCUCCCUGCAAAAUCUUCUUCAGUAUCUCUGGCACAACGGAGGGGUAGUGUAUCUCCUUCUUUACAAUUACCAGUGUUAGGGAAUGAUUCUUUUUGUGGUUCUAAGCGAAUGUCAAAGAGAACUCAUGACCCCCUCUCUGCUGUUGCAAAUGAGAUGGUUGCGAAGGGACAAACUGGACAAUCAGGCUCUAGUCUCAGCUUUCCUGAGGAACUGUGUACUGGGUCAUCCUGUGAAAGAGAAAGCCAGCCCUUGUAUGACAAUAAAGUUCUUCAAAAUGGAACUUUGCAGUUUGGCGAACAAUAUAGACGCAGAGAACACUCCCCCAGUGAGAGCUUUCCAGUGUCUCCUCUAAAUACAGACACGACCUGGGAUGGAAAUCCAAGCAGUCCUAGUGAUGUUACAGAUGACGAAUCAUGUCCAUCCAGGUCAAAGGGGAAGAAUAACUGUAAACGGACACGCCCGAUGCUGUAUGACUGGCCCAAGUUAGAAAGUAAAGAUAUGUUUGAUAUCAGUUAUCUUGAUUCUUCUUCUGUUUUUAUUCUGCUAGCACCUAACCAAACACAUCAUGACGAUUCGGGAUACGUGGAUGAAGUCUACGUAUGGGUGGGUAGUGAGCUGAUUGCUGAUAAAGAAAGCAUUCAAGCUAACAGCAGUGAUGAUAGAGUUGAAUUUAGUGAGUCAGAUUGGAAAAAAAGUGCAGUUGACUUCCUUGAGCGAAUGGAUUUGCAGCAGGAUACCAUAAUCAGGGUUGUGAGGCAGGGUGAGGAGCCGGAUGAGUUCUGGGAACAUUUUGUUUAGCUGUUGAGGGCCAGUAUAUUGUAAUAUCUUUUUUCUAGGCACGCGGCAGCUAAUGAAUGAAAAUGUCUCAUUAGAAUACCCUUCAGUGUAAUCUCAUUUAAAGGGAAAGGCAAAACAGCUUCCUUUCUCAAGAAUAUGAAUUUACAGUAUCAGGCUAGAGCUUUGACAUUUAUGUCAUAAAAACUGAACAUUUUGGCAGACUCUUCGGCAACAAUCUAGAUUGUGACUGAGGGAGAGACUCAGCACAAUUCUUGAAAAUAAUCUGUAUUAUCAGCAACUUAUUUGGCAAUGCAAUUUUGGUGUAUGAUAUUGUCAAUUGCAGACUGACCAGACUUUUCUAUCAACCACAGGAAUGGGGUUGUGUUGACUUGUUUGAAGAUGCUGUUGCUAUUCUGAUCGGUAGUCUUAUCCAUGUAUCUGUUGGGAAGCAAUGGUCCUUUAUUCAAGUAGGAAAUUCUGCCAGGAAAUGGUUAUUGCAACACCAAAGGUGUUCUUAUCAAAAUAUCCUUUGUUAUGCUUCCUUUAGUGCAAAAUAAAUGAGAUUAUCUUUAUAUUCUAGAAAAGUGCUCACCUUUGGUUAUUUGAUUUAUAUAGAUAGUGGUGCAAGAAUUAACAGGAACUUGAUCUUACAUUUGACAAAUUUUGAUGGAUCUAACUAGUGCAUAUGUGUUGCUUGAUUUUUUUUUCUUUGAAUUAGUGGCUUCAGUGGUAUGAGAGUCCUUUGUCUUAGACACCAUGACUGAGGGGUAACUGUUUUGCGAAAUUCAUACAGCAUUUGCACCUGGCCUCUACUAUUGUCAGUAAUCAUUAUGUCUUUUCCUAAGGCACGAAAUUAUGGGGCUCUGUGGCUGACCAGCUGGUCAAACAAC